AUGAAUGAAAGACACACGCCGCUGUUAUGUUUGCAGGAGACACGUGGCCACGCCAUCCGUCAGUCGUUCGGGCAAGGUGGCGACGCCAAUGCUGGAAGAGAAUACAAGGACGACCUCCUCUGGUUCUGCGACAUCGGAAGGUUUGCCGCCGGCGAUUUCUCCAUGGUCGUCGUUCAGGCUAAUCAGGUACUCGAGGACCAGAGCCAGAUCGAGUCCGGACCCUUCGGCACCUUCGUCGGCGUCUACGACGGCCACGGCGGUCCUGAUUGCUCGCAAUACGUUUGCGAUGACUUGUUCCGUAAUCUCCAAGCGAUAUUGGCCGAGUCACAGAGUGUUGUGACAUCUGAGGCCAUUCAACAAGCGUUUCGGCGGACUGAGGAGGGGUUCACGGCGCUUGUUUCAAAGUUGUGGAACUCCCGGCCGCAGAUUGCGACCACUGGGACAUGUUGUGUGUUGGGGUGGUGGUGGUGA